AUGAAGCUAGUUAGCAGCUGUCCUACAGCCAGUUACUACACCGUCACUGCAGCCCAGCGUCAGCCCAGCGAUCACCACGAGCGUGGUAAUCGCCCAUCCACCCAACAUCAAAGAGUUGGUUCUCUGCGCAGCACGUCGUGUGAUCUAAUGGGUGGUCAGUUCAGCUGUUCUCCUGACAACCCUCAACGAAACAAAUCGCCACGUAAUAGCUGCACCAAAACCGGAAUGCAAGGUAACUUCAGCGUUCAUGAGCCCACAAUGUACAAUUCUGACAAAAGUCUUAAGCUUUUAAUGGAUGCAUUUAAAUAUUUAACGGCUUCAGAUUCAGAUAGGAUAUGUUCACUUAAUAAUGGCAUACCGCAGUAUGGCCCAGCUAGGAAGGAGCUACCAAUUACUUAUGGUUGGUGA